CUGUAUAAAAAGACUGUAUCACCAGGAGGUUUGGAUUCUAGGACUGUCAGCAAAAACAGACUAAGUCACAUAUAGAGAAGGACCGAUACAAGAGAGGAUUUUUUUAAGAGGAAUAAAUGAAGCUUUGGACUCUGAUAUCACUAGCAGCUCUAGCUGCUUUUUGUGAUGCUCAACAGAAUUGCCAACUUGGUAGUUGCUACCCUCCUACCACGGACCUCCUUUUGGGGAAUGGAAAUCACCUGCGAGCCUCCUCUACCUGUGGCUUGACUGGGAGUGAGAUCUUCUGCACACCUGUGGGGCAGUGGAGGAUGAAGUGUUGCCCAUGUGACUCACGGAACCCCUUAGGCCUCAAUGCUCACACCAUCCAGAACGUUCUUCCCAGUGCUGGACCCAACAGGUGGUGGCAGUCCCAGAAAGGUGUAAGCCCCGUCACACUGCAGCUGGACCUACCCAACAUCUUCCAGCUCGACACCCUUAUGCUGGACUUCAAGGGACCCCGGCCUGAUGCCCUGGUGAUCGAGCGCUCCACGGAUUUUGGGAAGACCUGGCAGCCUGCCCUGUACAUGGCAGCGGACUGCAGCUCAGCCUUCCCGCACGUGAGCACUGCCCUGCCCAGCAGCCUUCGGGAGACCUACUGCUUUGCGCUGCCACCUUUGCCAAGCAACCCGUACAAGGACCAGACCAUCUACUUCAGUCCCCUGCGUCAGUUCUCAGCACUCACCGACCCUCCGAGUCGGAAGGUGGAAGCGGUGUCCGGUUUCACCAACCUGCGCGUAAACCUCACCCAUCUGGGCCACGUGCCCCACACUGCUGGUCGCUCGCCCAGCCACUUCUACGCCGUCAAGGAGAUGCGGGUGACGGGUGCCUGCUUCUGCCACGGUCAUGCCAGCCACUGUCUCCCAGACACAUCCACCAACGAGCUGCCCUCCGCACAGGUCAAUCCAGUGUGUGAGUGCCAGCACAACACUGCGGGAGUGAACUGUGAGCGCUGUGAGGACCUCUACAAUGACCUCCCCUGGAGACCAUCUGAGGAAGGCCACACACACACUUGCCAGCGCUGCGAAUGCAACAAUCAUGCCCAGCGCUGCAGAUUUGACCCCGUGGUGUACGAGGCCAGCGGGCGGAGGAGCGGCGGUGUGUGUCAAGGCUGCCUUCACAACACAGCAGGGCGUCAUUGUGACCGUUGCGCCCCCAACUACUAUCGCAACCCAAGGAGUGCCAUGAACCGCCCCGAUGCCUGUCUCGAGUGCCAGUGCAGCGCUGCGGGGGCUGAGGCCGGGCAGCAGUGCGAUGAAGAAACGGGACGCUGUCGCUGCAAGGCCAACGUAGAGGGAGCGCGGUGCGACCGAUGCAAGUCCGGUUAUUAUGGGCUGAGUGCUGACAACCCGCUGGGCUGCAGCAAAUGCCCUUGCGACUUCGAUGGCCCAUGCGACUCCGUGACGGGGCAGUGCAGCUGCCCUCCCAAAGUUCUUGGGUUGGCAUGUGACCGCUGUGCACCCAACCACUGGAAUCUGCGUUCCCCUGAAGGGUGUGAACCCUGUAACUGUGACCCCAACAACUCAUACGGCUCCUCUUGUGACCAGCUGACUGGUCAGUGCCAGUGCCGGCCAGGGUUUAGCGGACGGUCCUGCACGGAAUGCCCAGACGGGACCUAUGGAGACCGUCGCAUCGGCUGUCGACCUUGCAACUGUGAUCGCAGCGGCACAGCCCGCUGUGACAAACGCACUGGCGCUUGUAUCUGUUUGCUGGGUGUGACGGGCUCUCUCUGCAAUACCUGUGCCCGCGGCCACUGCGACCGUUACCCGCUCUGCCCCGUCUGCCCUGCCUGCUUCUUCACCUUGGACCAGCAACUGCAGAACCUGACGUUGAGCUUAGAGGGAAUCUCCUCUCGGGCUUCUGCUUUGCCUGGGACCAUCCACCCAAGCUUGGCCUCUCGCAUACGGGCAAUGGAAGAUGUCCUCGCUCAGACCCGAGGCUCCAUCGUCUUUCCGCCUCAGUCUACUUACCGCUUGAACGAGGUUCUUGCAGAAGCACAACGACUCAGGGAUCAGGCAGAAAGACUGGAUCCAAGCACUUUUAGCACUUCCGAAGCCUUGGCCUUGGCUCGCCAACUGGAUGAGCUAGAUAGGAUCAUGCAGUCCAUGACCCUGGAGUACAGCGACAAGGAAAAUGCUGCCAAGAGAAACGAGACCACUAACUACUCAGGAGCCCUCUCAACUAUCAAGGCAGCCUACAAGGACUCGACUGCUGCCAUGAAGGCUGCAGAGGCCACCCAGCCACUGCUGGAGCAAGCCGCCGGGGCCCGUGGUGAUGCCCUGGCUCUGGAACGAGAUGUCCAACAGACCAACACCAAGAACCUGAAGCAACUGGAUCAGGAUCUGGCCUCAGGGCCCAACCUCACACCAACUGCAAAGCAGGUGUGUGGCAGCACUCGCUCGACACCCUGCACCCCACAGCAGUGUGACGGAAAGUUGUGUCCUGCUCCUGAGGAUGCUGCUUGUACCGAACAGCAGAGCUGCACUGGGGCUCUGCCCCUGGGGACCAAGGCCCUGGGGGAUGCAAAGGAGGUGAAAUCCAGGUUACAGCAGCUCACGGGGAAAAUUGCACAGACAGCAGAACAGAUCCAAAAAACACAGGAUUCGGCCAAUAAUGUGAGACUGACUGCAGAUGAUCUGGCUAAACAAAUUAAACAAGCUCGGGACGUUCUGGAUGCAGACAUGAAGAACACUAGAGACUAUGUGAAGGAGCUAAGAAAUUUCUUGGAAGAUCCUCUCACAGAUCCGGCUGUCAUCCAAGAAAUCAGCGAAGGGGUUCUCAACACUAAGCUGCCUCUCAGUCUGGCUGCUUUGAAACGUAAAGUCGAGGACAUUCGAACCCUUGCCGCCGGCUUGCCUAACAGCUCCCACAUCCUGGACAGCACCACCCCGCAACUCGAACGGGCCCGCCAGUUGCUGCAGAAGGCGCAGACCGCCAGAGAUGAUGCCCUGGAAGUGGAGGACAAAGUGGGUGACCUGCUAGGAAACCUGUCCAAUGCAGAGGACGUACUGAAGGACCUGGAGACCAAGAUCCAGGAGAGCCUGGAUGAGCUGAAGAAGGCUGAACGUAACAUCGAUGAGGCUGAGAAGAAGCUGGACCCUGCCCUGAAGACAGUGGAUGAGGUGGCAGGGUUGGUGGACACCAUGCAGCCACAGCUGGAUGACUUGAAGGCCUUGGUGCAGAGCGCAGAUCAGUUAGCCAAAGACGCCCAAAACCAAGCACAGGAUGCCCAGCAAGAGGCCUCAGCUGCUGCACAGGAUCUGCCGGCACUGGAAAAGCAGCUGGAGCUGUUGAGGCAGAAGGCCAAGGAAGCAGGUGGUGGAGAGAAUGAAGCAGAACCUGGGGACAGACUGCAGAAGUUGCAGCUGGAAGCAUCCACUCUCAUUGAGGAGACCAUGAACAUGAUGAAGUCCCUGGCAGAUCGUGAGGCUUCGCUGCAGCAGGAUGCAGACCAGCUCGCCCAGAAGGCAAAGAUGCUGGAUGGGCUGGAUGCCCAGGUCCAAGAACUCCUGAGAGAUAUCCGUAGAAAGGCCUCUGUGCUGAACACCUGCCAGGCCUGAUCCUGCAUCUUCGUUGCAGCCCACGUGACCUUUCCCAUCACAGCUCCCUGGAUGAUCCUUCGUUUCAUUAUUUAUUUAUGUUGUAGUUCAUACUUCUGCACACAUAGUGUUAUUUCAGCAUGUGAACAGAUGAUACCUUCUGGGUCAAAUACAGGUCACUCGCAAAAGUGAAUGGCAGAGAGUGAACGAGCAGAAUCGUGA